AUGGCCAUGAAUGGCCUCAUCAUCUUCAUCACCUGGACAGACCCCAGGCUCAACAGCCCCAUGUACUUCUUCCUUGGCCACCUGUCCUUCCUGGAUGUCUGCUUCAUCACCACCACCAUCCCACAGAUGCUGGUCCACUUAGUGAUAAAGAAUCACACCCUCACCUUUGCCUCCUGCUUAACCCAGAUGUAUCUGGUCUUUGGCGUGGGUGUGGCUGAGUGCAUCCUCUUGGCUUUCAUGGCCUAUGACCGUUAUGUUGCCAUCUGCCACCCACUGACCUAUGCCCAGGUCAUGAGCCGGCAGAUCUGUGUGAGACUGGUGAGUACAGCCUGGUUCUUUGGGCUGAUCAAUGGCAUCCUGCUUGACUACAUGACAUUUCGUGGUCCCUUCUGCAGAGACAACCACAUAGAAAACUUCUUCUGUGAGGCCCCCAUAUUUAGCCUGAGAGUCAUCUUUGCUGAUGCCAUUGUGGUGCUGCUCAGCCCCAUGGCUCUCAUCGUCAUCUCCUAUGCCCGCAUCCUAGCCUCCAUCCUGGGCAGGAACUCCUCCUCUGGUCGGGGGAAGACUUUCUCUACUUGUGCCUCCCAUCUGACCGUGGUCAUCUUUUUCUACACCUCAGCCAUGUUCUCUUACAUGAACCCCCGUAGCACACACGGUCCUGACAAAGACAAGCCUUUCUCCCUCCUCUACACCAUCAUCACCCCCAUGUGCAACCCCAUCAUCUACAGUUUCCGAAACAAAGAAAUGAAGGGGGCGAUGGCGAGGGCGCUUGGGAGGAGCAGCCUUUCCCAGACAGAGUCUGUCUAG